GGCGCUCCCGGAGCCGGCAAAGGGACCCUGUGCAAGAGGCUUGCGCAGACAUACGACUUCACCCACAUCUCGGUUGGCGACCUGCUCCGCGAGAAGGCUCACGACACGAACAUCAGCAGGUAUCUCGAGAACAACGAGCUGCUGCCGUCGCAGUAUCUCUUCCCAGUGCUGCGGGACGCGUUCCGUAAUGCUGCGCCUGGGCGCCCCAUCAUCCUGGACGGGUUUCCCAGACGGCAUGAACAGAUCGGCGAGUUUGAGGAAGCGUUCGGCGAGCCACGUCUCGUUUUGUUCUUCCAGUGUCCCCGCCAGUUGGCCAAAGAGCGUGUACUAGGCAGGAAGGAGGGUCGGCCGGGAGACACCAGCGAGGUGUUUGACAAGAGAUACAAGGAGUAUCUCGAACUCAACCCGCCCAUUUUGGACUACUACGGCAGCAUCCGGGGCAAGGGCACGCUUGUCGAGGUGAGUUGCGUUAACGCUAGGUUAGGGGUCUCUUUCCCAGCUAACCACCUGUAA